AUGGCAAAAUGCUCUAACCUCACCUACGGCCUCAAUCCCACAGAACAGACUCUUUACCGUUGUGGUCAAAACACAUGCGAGGAUGGACGGUUCUGUUUGUCUUGUAUAGAUGCUUGCCAUGGAGGUCAUCCAGUUGCAUUAAAAGGACGGGCAGAGAUUGGAGUCUGUGAUUGUCAGAUUCACGGAGUCUGUCGUCUUUUUCGAGGUUCUAUUGCUGACUUGCCCGCUCUCAAAUGCGAUAACUGCAGGCUUACCAUCCAUUUGACUAUUCAUGUUCAUAGAGGUCCGUCCAUGGUUCGAUAUUUGUGCGACAACUGCGGACGAAAACAGGCGGCAACUGCUCAACUACCCGAAGCUGUAUAUUUGGUGCCAUAUAUAAGCUCCAUGACGUGGUCAAAGCUUCGAAUGAGACAAGAUAGAGCCAAAUCAAUGGCAAACUUGUACAAGUAUCAUGUUAUACCAGAAAACCAUCGAUGGAAUAAAACGCACUGGGGAUAUCGAUGCGAACUUUGUGCAUGGCUCAUUACAGGAAUUAGAUACCAAUGCAUGGAAUGCCCUUCCUGGGGUAGCUUUUGUAGAGACUGUUGGACAGAUCACGAUUCAAAUCAUGCACUGUUUAUCGUCAAUCGGCCCAUCAACAACCUUGCAAUUGAACCACUUGCAAUGCUGAGAGUUACAAUGGUGGAUAAAACCCACUACGAGAUCAAUGCAUUGGAAGGCAUCUCGAUUCAAUCGGCAGAUACUGUUACCGUGCAAUCCAUGUCCUUGAUUGAAGUACUCAUGGUAUAUCAAGCAUUAGUUUUGGGCAUUGACCAACUGGAUCAGACGCCCGCUUGCUGGCCUCAUAUUGCUAAUGCUAUUGCCAACAUUUACGAAAGCAUGGCCGAGUACUUUUCAAAACGAGAUCAACCUGCUACAAGAGGUGUAUCGUUUAUCGACUAUGCACAGCGGCACUUUGAUGGUCACAUUACUGCAGAUCUAUACCAGCCAGAGUCUUUAUCAUUCCAUAGCAGCAAACGAUUGAGUCUAACUGCAACGCUUUUGAGCAAAAUGUUUACUGCGUCAUUGCAAACACAAACACUGGAUAAAGCGUGUUUUUACAUCAAUCUGGGCAACCGAACUGUAUUUAUUUUAAGAACCAUAAUAGAGCCAACUGAGUUUUACCGGAUCGAGUUGGCAGACGUGGAUGGAAAACCAUUCAGAACUCCGCGAGUUAGAAUGGCGUUUAUGCAAGCUAUUGGAAAAGAGGUGCGAUCUUUUUCAGGUGCAUUUGGCCAUCAGAUAAUCAACAGUAUUGAUGCAAUAGAAGAAUAA